ACUGUGAAAGUAAAGUAGUGCAUUCCCUUCGACACUGCUUGUAGUCAAACAGAGGACUUCAUGCAGGAGACAUCAUGAUCGUGAAUCGCAAAAACCUAAAAAAGAAUAACAGAGUCUUUAUGCUCUGUAUGCUCUGCUAGGAGCUAAUAAGAACAAGUACCGGAACAUUGAAAGAACAUUUUAAUUUGACUUAUGUCGAUGUCCUUAAUGGAAUCAAGAUUUCGACCCCGACCUGUCAUACCCCCAAAGCCUUUAAUUCACAAAGCCUUGGGGCAAAACAUUACCAAGGAUCCCAACACAGCAAACCUGUAUCACAACCAACAGCCAUCAGAUGACAGAAGCCAAGGAAGAAAGCAUGAUCAAAACCCGGAGGGAAAGGUGAAGGACAUUGUCCAUCGGUUCAGCAAUCAGGAUGUUAUGAGCAAAACAGGUUUAGGGACAGGACUAGAGUCAGGGUUUAAAUGGGGAGGACGGGGGUUGGUGGGGCAGACAGAGGCAGAGAGAAAGCAGCAGGUAGACCCAACACCACCUCCGGUACCGUUGAGAAAACCAUGUUGGUGCCGCCAGACACAGCAUAAGUAUACAGCACAGAGAGAUGCCUCGCCCAUGGAGCCAAAGAAAGACCACUGCCAUGGUACCCUCGGAAUACCUGGACCAGGAAGACGAUCCGCUCCUGAUGGUAGUGAGGUGGAUGAAGCGCCUAUGUUUUCUACCAUGGAAAGUAGCCAAAGCCCAUACACGACAAUGCUCCCUGGUUGUCACCACAGAAACGGAGCACACUGCUGCCAGUGCAUCUGUUACUUGACGAGACCUGGCAUGAAGCUGGUCUGGGUUCCUCUAGAGCAAGAGGUGGACGAGGGCAAAAUACAAACUAAAUGGGCAAAAGAACAACUGAAAAGAGAGGUGAAAGAGGGAGAAAAAGAAGAGGAAAAUUAUUACGUAGAAGUGAUAGCGGAUGAAGGGGGGGGGGGACAAGACAUUGAACACCAGAAGAGAGAGGAAAAUGUGUGCAGAUCAUUAGGUAUGGAAGGACAACCAAGCAAUGGUCACGCAGGUUGGCAGAGAGUGAAAGCAGCUGCGUUCAGUAAGCUCAAAGAGGUCAGAGUGCACAAGGUCAGCCAGAGAGCCAUCCCGUCACAGCAUUUUGUAUCAACCGACAUAGACUUCACCGUGGCCUCAAAGGCCGGAUCGAACACAGCAUUGCAGCCUCAGACAAAGCCCUGCUUAAAAAAGCCCAAAUCACACCAGCGCACCUUGCCCGCCAAGGAGACCAGCAGCCCUCAAAAACACCCUGGGCAUGAGGGGGAUGUUACAUACGAGGUUCUGUCUGCCCCUGACAGAGAGGCACCGCCCACACCACCACACCCAAAGCAACAUCUGAGACAGAAGACACAGAAUUCCUCACCUCAGAAUGUUCACCUCCAAAGCAAGUCAACUCCCUCUGUCUCUGACCACUUAAACUCCAUUUUGGGGUCAGACAAGGGACCAACUCGAACUCCUCCCUCCCUAAACAACCCCCACCAACCAAUCCUUCGGCCUCUACCUCCAAUUCCUGUUUCAUCCAAUCUCCAACGUUUCCCCAGCCCCAUCCCACUCCGCCCUCCUCCACCCCGCCCUCAGACUCCUAUAAAGUCUUUUCUACCCAACCCUGAUACCAGUGGAGCUUCCUGCCUCAGCCGGUGCUCACCCACAGACACUGAUGCCGGGGAUUACUGGGUUUAUGCAGUCAAGGAGAAAGAAGAGGAGCCAAAGGACAGGACAAAGAGUCCUAGGAGAAUCUCUUCAGACUGGGAAGCCGGGAGAUUAAAUGAACCUCUGUACCAGAUCUACCAGGCUAAAACCACAGAGGAAGCAAUCCGGAUCCAGAGCAUCAGCCGCAGUGCCAGCAGGGCCACCGUGGACCUCCAUUUGAGGCUGGGCAGUGGUGGUUCCUUAGGGGGUAAAGAUCAUUCCGCCAAGACCGAGAAGGGCCCCACUGAGGUCAUGCUGUGGCAGGAUCUGCCGGUGGUCAGAGACAGUGGGAUAUUGGAGAGUCUCAGUCCACAGGAGCUGCAGAGACAAGAGAGCAUGUUUGAGGUGUUGACAUCGGAAGCCUCGUACAUCCACUCGCUGGAAGUUCUCAUCAAUCACUUCCUAAUGUGUCGGGAACUUGACGAAACACUGGUGAUCCACGACAAGAAGACACUCUACUCAAACAUAGUCCACGUAUACGAGGUCAGCCAGAGGUUCUUGAAGGAUCUUCUCAACAGGAUCGAUGAGAACAUUCUCAUAACUGAUGUUUGUGACAUUAUCCACCAAUAUGCCCUACAUCACUUCUCUGUCUACACUGAUUACAUCCGUAACCAGACUUACCAAGAGAAGGCCUAUAGCUCUCUCAUCCAAUGCAACAAGCCGUUCAUGUUGGUCAUGCGGAGGUUGGAGGAGUCUCCUCUGUGUCGCCGUCUCCCUUUCUCCUCUUUUCUGCUCGUCCCUUUCCAGAGGAUUACACGUCUCAAGAUCCUCCUACAGAACAUCCUGAAGAGGACAAAGCAGGGAACCGAGGAGGAGAACACUGCUUCUAGAGCUUUGGCUUCAGUGUCUGAGAUAAUCAAAGAGUCCAACACCCAGGUUGGCCGCAUGAAGCAGAUAGAAGAACUCAUACAAGUCAGCAAUACUCUGGAGUUCCAAAAACUCAAGGCUCUUCCAAUCGUCUCAAAGUCUCGCUACCUGGAGAAGAGAGGAGAGCUACAUCAGCUUUCCAAGGGGGCUUCCCUGUUCAGCAUCCGUCUCAAACUCACUCCCAUCUACCUCUUUCUCUUCAACGACCUACUCUUAGUCACAUACAGAAAGAGCUCAGAGCGUUAUGUGGUGACAGACCACACCCACCGCUCCCUGGUGCAGGUCCGACCGGUAAUGUUUGGUGCUGGUUCUGAACCAGGAGAUACAGGCCCAGCGUUGCAACAUUCCUUUUGUCUGCUACUUCUGGAGAACCACCAGGGUUUGGCCAUUGAAUAUCUGCUGAAGGCCCCCUCAGAAUCAGAUAUGCAUCGGUGGAUGGCAGCAUUCCCUUCACUUGAUGACCCACACAGAGAGAACGAUGUGAUUUAUGAAGACUGGGAUUGUCCCCAGGUACAGUGUGUGGAAAGAUAUGUUGCUCAACAGGCUGAUGAGCUCACCCUGGAGCCUGCUGACAUCAUCAAUGUGAUACGUAAAACCCAUGAAGGUUGGUUCGAGGGGAUGCGUCUGUCUGACAGGGUGAAGGGCUGGUUCCCUAGUAACAACGUAACGGAGAUAACAAAUGAGCAUCUGAGAAGGCGGAACCUUCGGGAGCAGUACCGCAUCACUCAAGCAUAAACCAAAGUUACACAC